AUGAAAGUAAUAAAUGUUAUUAACUUAUACCUAUUCAUUCAAAUAUUUCAUACAUAUUUUGAUAGUGUUAAUACAUUAAGCUGUCUAGUAAUAAGACCUGGAAAAGGAUUAAUGAGUGAAAGAUGUUCUCAACAUGCAGUUGGAUGUAGAAUUAGAAUAGAGGGUGAUACUAUACAAUGGUACGAAUAUUCAAAGUUGUAUGACAGAAAUCAAUUAGUUUGUGUUCAUCAAAAUGAAUAUAAUUUAAAAGAAAUAAAAAAAAGUGGUUGUAUAAGAAAGAAAUCUGGUAGUGUUAGAUGUUGGUGUUAUGGCCAAAAUAAUUGCAAUAAUCCAGAUGUAUCAAAAAUGUUAUAUCAAGGUUUCUUACAAUUAGAUGAAUAUGAAUUUGAAAAAGUUAUUGAAAAAGUGGAUACAAACGAUCAACCAGACUAUGAAAAUUUUGAUGAUGAUAAUAUUGAUAAUUCUAAACAAAAUAAAAGUAGUCUAUAUAAAAAAAUAAAGCCUUUUUAUACAAAUACGUGGUCAUAUCAAUUAAAAUCAAAUAUGAAUGAUCCUAUUCAUCAUGUUGCACAUCCAAUAAGAGGAGGUAAAGAUGCAUGGCAGGAUCCACAAACAAUUAAUAAUACUGAAAUUGUAGAAGUUAAACCAAAUAAUGUAAAUAAACAAUCAAAGUAUUUAAACAUUAAAGAAAAUGAAAAAAAUGAUAGUAGAAAAUUAAUACACAAAGGAAUGCGACCAAUUUCUUUAAAUAAUGGAGAAAUUAAUGAAUUAGGAAUAUUAGAAAUUAAAAAAAAUAAUAUUGAAAAUGUUGAAACUUUUUAUAAAGGAAGAGGUGCAAAAGUUAGCGAACAAAAAAGACCAUAUAUUCAUGGUUAUUCCACAACAUCAAAACCUUUAAAUGAAAUAAAAAAUAAAGAAAAACAUUUAUUUGAUAUAGAACGAAAAAUUUUUUUAUCACCAAAUCCAGAGGUUACAGAAGAUGAAUUUUCAGAAUUAAUUAAUAAUGAUGAACUAGUAAAAAUUCCUUCUCAAAUUUCAUUUCAUGGUGAAUCUAAUUAUCCAGAUAUAAUUGAAGGUACCUUAGAUGAACCAUAUAAAAAGUUGAAAAAUAAUAAUGAUAAUUUUACAUUAAAUUUAAAAAAAAAUAACAUUUCUGAUAAAAACGAACCAACAUUUAUUUUUAUAAUAAUUUGCUUAUUAACACAUUUCUUUAAAUACAUUUUGAUUUUGUAA